GGUUUAAAAUUCAUCUGAUUGCUGACGUCAUGAUACAGUAGAGCUUUGACACAAGCUGAGCCUACCAAACUACGGCUCCUAGAGCUGUACUCCACCAAGCUACGACUCCCAGAGCUGCCCCACCACGCCACGGCUCCGACAGCUGCCCCCAGCAAGCUCCAGCUGGCGAGGUCGUUGAGAAAAGGCUACCUGACCGUCUGCUACAGGAAAAUGUUGAGGCGCUGGAGGUCGCCCAAGAAGAUUCUCUACGCCGCGGCCAUUUUGCUGGUGACCAUAGUACUUUACGCUAUGACGAGCUCUGAUGAAUACGUGGACGAGGUGAACCCUGAAUGGGUUUUGCCGCUAGUAGCUCAUAAUAAUUACCGCGUGAAUCCAGUGCUACAGGAACCCCUGCAGCGCCUCCCCCUGGGGCCGUUUGAAGACGUGCCGGUGCUCGUGGACGGGGAGCCGCCCAGUAACAAUGCCGCGGGGGCGCCAGGGGGCGGAGACAGCGCUGCGGCACCCAAGCCCGCGGCCCCGGCGUUGGGAUCUCCAGGGGCCGCUCCCUCAAUGGGAGCUGGAGCCCCUGCUCUUGGAGCUGCCGCACCCGCUUUAGGAGCUGGAGCGCCUGUUUUAGGAGCCGGAGCACCCGCUGUCGAAGCUGGAGUACCUGCUGCAGGCGCACCUGUAGCAGGUGCACCUGCAGUAGGAAAUGGGGCACCAGUUUUAGGAGCUGGUGCACCUCCUGUAGGAGUGGGACAAGGUGCGCCGGCUCCUGUUGUGGCAGGGGCCCCGGCUGCCGUUUUCCAGAAUGCCCUUUUUCCUCCCGCGCCGGUUCCACAGUUUCAAAUAGUACCAGACGCGGCAGUCCUGGGAUCAAAUCCAGCUGCUGCCCCAGUAGUUCCGGCACCACAAGCUCCGGCAGCAUCGGGCCCUCUAGCCCAACCGGUUCCGGCAGCGUUCGUCCCACUAGCCCAACCGGUUCCGGCAGCGUUCGUCCCGCAAGCCCAACCGGCCGUACCUGCAGUCGGUGCAGCUGUGCCCGGCGCCCUUCCUCAAGCAGGCGCAGCACCGGCUCCCCAGCUACAGCCGGGUCAACCAGCUCCAGCCGCACCUGCUGUUGCCCCGGCUCCAGUACCCAUACAACCCGCAGCCGCACCGGCCCAAAACCCCGGACCCCCCGCCCCCCAACCCGCAGCCAAACCCCUCCCAGACUUUGCUAAAAUCACCACCGAGAUGAGCCGGCGCCUAGCCUACACGCGAGGGGAGUGCGAGAAGUUCAAAGUCCCGAACAACGUAGAAACGGAAGUCUACGUCCUGCCGCAGCUCAACAUUUCCUACUGUAAGAUCCCCAAGGCCGGCUGCACCUAUUGGGAGCAGGUCUUCUCCUACCUCAACAAAAACCCAUCAGAGCUCACCUACCUGGGCAUCAGCUCGCCCUUCCAGAUCUCCAAGUUCGACAUCCGCUACACCAGCCACUUCAACCUGCCGCGGCGGGACUUCAAGACACCGGAACACCAGCAGGAGAUUGUCAAGACGACGCGGGUGCUGUUCGUGCGGCACCCACUAGAGAGGUUGUGGAGCUGCUACCUAGAGAAGUUCUACCUCAUCGACUUCUGGACGACCGCGGGCAUCACGAUGAAGACGGCGGGGGCGGAGAACAAGUGUCCAAAGUCGAUUACAUUCAGAGAGUUCAUCGAGUUCACGCUCCCCCUGCUGAACGAGCACUGGUCCCCCAUCACUGAGCUGUGCAACCCCUGCGUCUACCAGCCCCACGUGAUCGGUCACGUGGAGACCUUGAGGGACGACACCUACUACACGCUCAAACAGAUGCAGCUCGACUGGAUCUUCAGCGAACAAGAACGUCUGUCACGUGAGGAGAACCAGAUGCUGGACAUGGUCAUCUACAACUACCAGAUCCACAGCAUCCACUGGUACAGCUUCUACCAUAGGUGUCUCUCACAGCGGGAACUGGCCAGCAGAUUGUGGGACGUCUUUAAAAAAGUCGGGUACCUCUCCUCCCACGCCGCCCUACCGGACAACCUACCGGACUACAACCAGACGACCAUCAUCCGGGAACUCAAGUCCCAGUUCCGGAAGUUCCCGCUGAGCCCCUCCAACGGGCGCGCCCAGCAGCUGAAGAUGAUACGGCGAGACUUUGACGCCCUGCCCAAGCCCAUCCUGGCCAAGGUGCUGGAGCGGUACGCCAUGGACUUCCAGCUCUUCGGCUACAAUACGUCACUUCCGGCGUCUUAACUUUAGAACCUUCUAGUCCAAAGUUUAUUUAAUUCGUGUAUAUGUGUGUGUAUGUGUGUGUGCUGUCAUUAGCUGGCACUUGUUUGAUUGUCUUUGAUUGACAUUUUUAAUAAUGAUAAAUUGUGGGCGUCGUUUCCAGGGUAUCCAGUGUUUGUUUCUUUGCAGCGUCU